AUGGACGGGGGCGCGGCGGUGGGCGCGGCGUUGGAGGCGCCGGCCGUGGCCUCGGCGGCCAACGCGGGUGCGGGCGAUCAGGGCGCCCCCCUCGCCCUACUCAAAGAGGCGGCGCGGGCUGUCGGCGAGCGCGCCGGUUCAGCGGGCGUACCGCCUCUGCCCGUGACUGUGCUCUCCGGCUUCCUGGGCGCGGGCAAGACGACCCUGCUCAAGCACUUGCUGCAAAACCGGGCGGGCGUCCGCAUCGCCGUCGUCGUCAACGACAUGGCGGCCGUCAACGUCGACGCCGAGCUCGUGCGGCGCGGCGACGUGCUGCGCCAGGAGGAGAAGCUGGUCGAGCUGUCCAACGGCUGCAUCUGCUGCACGCUGCGCGAGGACCUGCUCACCUCGCUCGCCUCGCUCGCGGCCGAGGGCCGCUUCGACCACGUCCUUGUCGAGUCGUCGGGCAUCUCGGAGCCGCUCCCCGUCGCCGAGACCUUCACCUUCACGGACGAGGCGAGCGGCGUGAGCUUGGGCGACGUCGCGAGCCUGCACAACCUCGUCACGGUGGUGGACGCGGCGGCCAUCUUCGAGGAGCUGGGGUCGGUGGACACGCUGGCGGAGCGCGGCUGGCAGGCGGGCGACGGGGACGAGCGCUGCGUCGCGCAUCUGCUCUGCGAGCCAGAGCAGAUCGAGUUUGCGGACGUCCUGCUGGUGAACAAGGCCGACUUGCUGGGCGAUGUGGAGCUGGGCGCGGUCGAGCGGCUGCUGCACAAGGUCAACCCGACGGCGGAGGUGAUCCGCUCGGAGCACAGCCGCGUCGAGCCGGCUCGGCUGCUCGGCAAGGCGCGCUUUAGCCUGCGCAAGGCGGAGGAGCACCCCGACUGGCUCCGCGAGGCGCGCGCACACCAGCACGUCCCCGAGACGGUCGAGUACGGCAUCUCGUCCUUCAUCUUCCGCGCGAGGCGGCCCUUCCACCCGGCGCGCCUCCACGCGGCGCUGUGCGUGCGGCCGCGCGAAGGAGCGCUGGCGCGGCUGCUGCGGCUCAAGGGGAUUGCGUGGCUGGCGACGCGGCACGAGCAGCAAGCGAGCCUGGCGCUCGCAGGCACGCAGUUCGAGCUGACGCCGGGCCCGCCCUGGUGGGCGGCGCUGCCUCGCGAGGAGUGGCCCGAGGGCCUGCAAGAAGACAUCGGGCCGCUCUGGGACGAGGCGCACGGCGACCGCCAGUCGGAGAUGGUGUGCAUCGGGCAGGAGCUCGACCACGCGGCUGCAAAGGCGGAGCUGGACAAGUGCCUGCUCACCGAUGAGGAGAUGGCGGGCGGCGGCGACAAGUGGCGGGACGCGUUGCCCGACCCCUUUGCCGACGCCUGGGAGAGGGCGAUCGCGUCGGGGGAGGGCCACGACCACGAUCACCAGCAUGCGCACGCACAUGCGCACUAG